AUGGCCCUGCUGCCCUGUGAGCAGCUUCUUUUGGCAAGGUAUGUGGAUGAGCGACCUGUCCCCAUCGAGGAGAGCUUCUGUGAUGUUCUGAACCUUGACUCUUUGGAUUGGCGGCCGUUGCCCAACUCCGCCUACCGCCACAUAUGCAUUGAUGAAGACAUCUUGGACCACAGCGCCUUCUUUGGAGCUGCCUCGGUAAGCCGCCGCAUCGUGGCACUCAUGGGACAUAUGACGCUGGCCUACAAUCCGACAUUGCCUGAGGAUGGGUGGCGGGCCGUGGUAGCCCCCCUCGGAGAUGUUGAGGUAGGUGCCUCCUCCUGCUGCGUUGCCUUGGGGGACGAGCUGAUUGUUGCCUCUGGGCGCCCUCCGGCACUGGCUCGGAAGGUGGCCGGCUUCCGCUUUGCCAAACCUCCGACAGACCCUUUGUGGUUUCAUGGCUCUUGGCGUCAGCUGCCAGACCUUGACAAAGCACGUGUGGGUGGUGCAAUGGCUGUGGUGGAUGACUACUUGUACAUCACUGGAGGUGUAGAUGAGACGACCGGAGAAUUCCACAACACAGCAGAGCGGCUGGCAGCAAGACCUCGGGAUGUCGAAGAUUGGCAGAGUGUUCCAUGGUUUCAGAUGCCCCGGGCGCUACAUGCACAUAAUGCCUUUGCAAUGCCUUACUUGGAAUGA